CUCCUCUGUAAAGGCACCACCUCUCCACCGGUUUUAUAAGCGUUUGUUUUCUGAGCUUUGGGAACGUGUUCAAAGCACACCAGUCUUGCUAAGCUCUUGAUUCCGGACAGCCUACCUUGAUUCCUGGCAUUGUGCUGUUGCUCAGCCAGAACCUGUGAAUUACAGGUAGCUGUGUUACGCAACAUCUAACAACGUCUAGCCUUCUGCGAUUUCUGGUGCAGGGUCAUGAUUAGUGCAUUUGGCAGAUUUGGCAGUGUGGCUUACAGUGGAAUGGGCCUGCUCCGACUUCUGGUGCUCUGCACCCUGGCUGCAUGCUGCAUGGCCCGCUCUCCCCCAGGCCCACCCCUGCCACAACGCCCCCUCUCACCUCUGCAUCCUCUGGGCUGUAAUGACUCUGAAGUGCUGGCAGUUGCAGGAUUUGCCCUGCAGAACAUCAACAGAAACCAAAAGGAUGGCUAUAUAUUGAGCCUCAACAGAGUGCAUGAUGUUCGGGAGCACUACCAGGAAGACAUGGGAUCUCUGUUCUACCUCACAUUGGAUGUCUUAGAGACUGACUGCCACGUGCUCAGCAGGAAGGCACAGAAGGACUGCAAACCGAGGAUGUUCUAUGAGUCGGUUUAUGGCCAGUGCAAAGCAAUGUUUCACAUUAACAAGCCAAGAAGAGUUCUCUACUUACCUGCUUAUAACUGUACACUUCGCCCAGUUUCUAGAAGAAAGAUUCAUGCAACGUGCCCUGACUGCCCUAGCCCCAUGGACUUGUUAGACCCCAAUGCUCUGGAAGCUGCCAUGGAGUCGCUUGCGAAGUUCAACAGUAAGAGCCCCUCCAAAAAGUAUGAACUCGUCAAAGUCACCAAGGUUGAGAGCCAGUGGGUGUCUGGCCCUGCUUACUAUGUGGAAUAUUUGAUCAAAGAGGCCCCAUGUACCAAAUCCCAGGCCGGCUGUUCGCUCCAGAACUCUGACUCUGAGCCCGUUGGUAUUUGCCAAGGUUCUAUGGUCCAAAGUUCUCUGAGGAAAGUUCCUCUGAUUCUACCCAUAGAAAAGUCUGUCACUGUGACUUGUGAGUUUUUCGAAUCUCAGGCUCAGGUCCCUGGAGAUGCGAACCCUGCUGUUACCCAGGGCCCUCAGAAACUCCCUCAGAAAAACACGGCCCCAACCAGCUCCCCCUCCGUAACUGCACCAAGAGGAUCCAUCCAGCACCUUCCUGACCUGGAUGAUGAGAAGCCCAAGGAAUCCAAGGGAGGGAGCCCUGAGGAAGCCUUUCCUGUGCAGCUGGAUCUAACCACAAAUCCCCAGGGGGACACACUGGAUGUCUCCUUCCUGUACCUGGAGCCUGGGGACAAGAAGCUGGUGGUGCUGCCUUUCCCUGGAAAGGAACAGCGCUCCACCGAGUGCCCAGGGCCCGAGAAGGAGAGCAACCCUCUGGUUCUCCCACCCUGAGACUCACUAGCAGGGUUUCAUAGGGGUAUGGUCCCCAGCACUAGAUGGGAGGUGGUGGGGAUUGGGAAGGACACAGAAAAUGAAAUGUAGACAGGUUAAUAAAGUGUGUCCUUUUGAUGCUUCUUGGCCUCAA